UAUUUCAUGCUAGCUAGUGGAAGCCGGUAAUAUUUAAAGGCUACUCGUGUGAAUUAUACGGCAAUAACGGCGUCGUUGAGUUAUGUUUCAUAGUUUUUUUUAUUGUCUCGUUAGUGUUUAUAAAUAUAAUAUUUGUUUUAGCAUGCCAGUGCCAUUCAACAAACCGAACGGGUUGACAUUUUGUUUGCUAAGCUGAUGAGCUAGCCUCAUUUGUUUACAUACAUAACUUCCAGUCAGGAAGCCCUGAGCUCUCCACGCUUAUGUCGUUUUAAAUGGUCUCUUUCUGCUGCUACAAAACGUGGUUCAAGGAGGAGUGUGAUGAUAUAAAAUAGCCAACGAAUAUAUUUUAUAGAAUGAUGGCAGUGAAAUAGGAGUAAAGAUGAGUGCCUUCAGGCCGUCAGAGCUUCUCUCUGGUAUCUGUCAAACAGAGGAGCAGGAUCCUUUCCCCUUGUGGCACAAUGGACACAUCAGCUCUUGUUUUAACCAACUCGUCCUCGGAGCUCUGCCUCAUGCAGGGAUGGCUGUGUUCAGUGCCUGCUACCUCGGCAUGGCAAGAUGUGACCUCCUGCAGUCGUCUCUUCCCUGUGGUUGGACGCUCAGGCUUGUAACCGCCAUGUUGGCCGCGUUGCUCUUCACUGCAGACGUCGUCCUUGUGAGUCUCCUUCAGCAGGCUGAUAUGUAUCUGGACAUCCUGGCUGACAGUUGUGCAAUCGUGGCCUGGCUGGUCCACUUCAGUGCCAUCGCAGUGCUCCAGAGGACCGCUUACAAGAGAACCAGAGGACCAACCCUGCUGCUGCUUUUGGUUCUUCUGUCUAUACCAAACCUGGUGUUCACUCUGAUAAUUUAUUGUGACAAUCAGGAAUAUUUGAACCUCAAAGAACCUCUUAAAUUUACGCGUUUCGUGCUAGUCUUAGCCCGGACGCUUCCCCUUCUGGUUUAUCUUCUGGCCUUUGUGUUCCCCUGCAUCAGUGACGCUGGAUAUACUUUAUACAUCAACACUGAGGAUGGAUCUCCGCUCAUCACAGACAGCACUCAGCUGGAUACCGGUGAGAUGGUGGCUGAGGAUGGUAGCAGCUGCUUCUCACGGCUAUUCUACCUCUGGCUGACUCCUCUGCUCAGACGAGGGCAACAAGGGGAGCUAGACAGACCGGCCGAUGUUUAUCACCUCCCAAGAAAACUUAGGACUAGUGUGGUAUGUCGAUACUUCCAUCAGUGCUGGGAAGCCUGCAGACGAGGGGAAACAGUCAUUGAUGGGCAGGAUCAGUGGCCCCGGCCGGUCAGCAGGAACCUCCUGAGUGGCACUUGGAGUUCUCACUACCAGGAGGAACCUCUGGAGCUGGAGGGGAAUGUAGGACUUUUCAGGGUGCUGCAUAAGGCAUUUGCUUUGCGGUACUAUAUGCUUGGUGUGCUGAAGGUGACGGUGAACAUGCUGAGCUUUGCAGGACCGCUUCUCCUCAGCAGUCUGGUGAACUUCAUGGAGGAGGAGGGAGCUCCAGUAAGCUGGGGUGUCCGGUGUGCUCUGGGGCUCUUUGCUGCCACUCUUCUCUCAUCUGUCCUCAGAAAUGUGUUCGUCUUCGAGGUGUCCAAAGUGGCGCUGUCUGCACGCACUGCUCUCGUGUCGGCCAUCUAUGCUAAAGCCCUGCGGGUCAGUGGCAGCAGCCUGGCUGGUUUCACUCUGGGCGAGGUGGUAAACUUAAUGAGCACAGACACAGACCGCGUGGUUAACUUCUUCAACAGCUUCCAUCAGUUAUGGAGCUUGCCCUUCUGCUUUAGCAUCACCCUCUACCUGCUGUACCUGCAGGUGGGUGUUGCUUUCCUCGGUGGGCUUUGUGUGGCGCUGCUGCUGGUGCCUUUCAACAAGUUCCUUGCUUCACGUAUACUUAGCAACAACCAACAUAUGCUCAGGCACAAAGACAGCCGUGUUAAGUUAAUGACAGAAAUCCUUUUUGGUAUUCGCGUCAUCAAGUUCUAUAACUGGGAGCCUCAUUUCACUCAGAAAGUUGCAGACUGUCGUAAGCUAGAGCUGUCCCACCUCAAAGCCCUCAAGUACUUGGAUGCCUUGUGUGUCUACACCUGGGCUGGUCUGCCUGUGGUCAUCUCCAUACUCACCUUCAUCACAUACGUCCUACUGGGACACCAGCUGACUGCAGCUAAGGUGUUCACCACGCUGGCUCUGGUGGGAAUGUUGAUCAUCCCGCUCAACUCUUUCCCCUGGGUGCUCAAUGGCAUCCUGGAGGCCAAAGUGUCUCUGGAGCGAAUCCAGCGCUUCUUUAAACUGACCAACCAGGAUCUGCAGGCGUACUACGCCCUGGUGACUCCUGAAGACAGCCAAACAUCCAUCCUUUUGAGUCAGGGGAAAUUUUCCUGGCAGGGGCCCAACAGUUCAAACCAAAACAACGAAGGAGAAAGUGAAUGUGGAGCUGCUCGAGGGAGUCUGCUGCUGCAUAGUCUCAAUCUACACAUCACAAAGGGUUCUCUGGUUGUGGUGGUGGGAAAGGUCGGCUGUGGGAAAAGUUCAUUACUGGCUGCCCUCACUGGAGAACUCAGCAGGCUGAGUGGUGUGGUGUACGUCGCAGACAGAGAGGUGGGUUUUGGUCUAGCCUCUCAGGAGCCAUGGAUCCAGCAUGCAUCAGUACGGGACAACAUCCUGUUUGGAAAAGUCUAUGACCACGCCUUAUACCAGUCUGUGAUUGAGGCCUGUGCUCUGUCAGACGACCUCAACGUUUUGCCAAAUGGUGACAAGACAGAAGUGGGGGAGAAUGGAGUGACACUGAGCGGAGGACAGAAGGCUCGUCUGGCCCUCGCCAGAGCUGUUUAUAUGGACAAAGACAUCUACCUCCUUGACGACCCCUUGGCGGCAGUCGAUUCUGACGUGGCUGAACACCUAAUGAAGAAAUGCAUCAUGGAGCUCCUCAGGAAAAAGACCAGAAUCCUUUGCACACACCGCCUCGAGUUUGUGGACAAAGCAGACAUGGUUGUCCUCAUGGAGAACGGAACAAUCAUCAAAACAGGCACACCAGCUGAAAUCCUUCCUUUGGUAGAGGCAGUGCCGAAAAAACGGAAGAAUGACCACAACAUGAAAGAGAAAGAUGGUGUGGAGCAGGAGGAAGAGGAGCUGGGUUCCUCCCCUGAGCUUUGUCUAGAUGAUGACCCUGACCUGUCGGGGGCAGAGCAGAAGCAAGUGGGUGGUCUGGCGUGGACAGUUUACAAGACCUACUGGGCUGCUGCGGGCGGAGUGCUAGCUACUUCCAUCCUGAUGUGCCUGUUCCUCAUGCAAGCCUCUAAGAACGUCUCUGACUGGUGGUUGUCCCACUGGAUAUCAGAGCUGAAGAACAACGGUUCUGCUACAAUAAAUGGUUCUUCAUCAGGUGCCUUCAGCUCACCUCACCUGCUGCUCUUCUCUCCUGGAGGGUUAAUGUCCUCCCCAUCCUCCUCUGUUCAAACGUUCCCUCCAAGCAACCUGAGCUCUGAUGUCAAGUUUUACCUGGUUGUGUAUGGCUCCAUUGCGGGGGCUAACACUGUCUUCACUGCACUCCGAGCUUUUCUCUUUGCAUACGGAGCGAUCUGUGCUGCCAAAACCAUCCACAACAGACUGCUGGACCGGGUCCUUAAGGCCACAGUGACUUUCUUCGACACCACCCCGAUGGGCCGCAUUCUAAACCGUUUCUCCUCAGACCUGUACAGCGUGGACGAUAGCCUUCCUUUUAUCCUAAACAUUCUCCUGGCCAACGUCUUCGGCCUGCUCGGCAUGCUGGUGGUGAUAAGUUAUGGCCUCCCCUGGGUCCUGGUUCCCCUGCUGCCGCUUGCUCUGCUCUACUACUGCACCCAGCACUAUUAUAGACACACCUCCCGCGAGCUGAAGCGCCUGUGCAGCCUCACUCUGUCGCCUGUCUACUCACACUUCUCUGAGACGCUGACGGGGCUGGGGACCAUCAGGGCAAGCGGAAGCUCUGCCAGGUUUGAGGAGGAGAACGCCAGGCGUCUGGAGCAGAACCAACGCUGCCUCUUCCUCAGCAAUGCCGCCAUGCAGUGGCUGGACAUCCGCCUGCAGCUGAUUGGUGUUGCCGUGGUGACAUGCCUCGGUGUUAUCGCUGUCGUGCAGCACCAGUAUAACAAAGUGGAUCCAGGUCUGGUGGGUCUGUCCCUGUCCUACGCUCUGUCCAUCACAACGCUGCUGUCUGGCCUCAUAUUCAGCUUUACACAAACUGAGAUGCAGCUGGUGAGUGUGGAGAGGACUGAGGAGUACUCCACUGGACUUCCCACCGAGCCACAGCAGCAAAACGCACAGCUGCCCCCUUCAUGGCCUGAGCAGGGCUGGUUGGAGUUCAGGGAUGUCGUUCUAGCUUACAGAGAAGGUUUCCCUAAUGCUCUGGACCGGGUGAGUCUGGUGGUGAGGCCUGGGGAGAAGGUGGGCAUCAUGGGACGGACAGGCUCUGGAAAGUCUACCCUGUUCCUUGCCCUGUUCAGGAUGGUGGAGCUGAACCAGGGUCAGAUUCUCCUGGACGGGCUGGACAUCACCACUGUGGGUCUCGCUCAGCUCAGGUCCAGGUUGGCCAUUAUUCCUCAGGACCCCUUUCUGUUCAGCGGGACCAUCAGGGAGAAUCUGGACCCGUGUGGGAGACACUUAGACCAGCAGCUGAUGGAGGUCCUGGACCAGUGUCACCUGAGCUCGGUGGUCCAGAGGAUAGGUGGUCUGGAUGCUGAGGUUGGUGAAAGAGGGAAAUCCUUCUCUGUGGGGCAGAGACAGCUGCUGUGUUUGGCUAGAGCUCUGCUGACUCAGGCUAAGGUUCUGUGUAUUGAUGAAGCCACAGCCAGCGUGGAUCAGAAGACGGACAAACUGCUGCAACAGACGAUAAGAGAGACAUUUAAGGACAAGACUGUCCUCACUAUUGCACACAGGAUCAACACUAUCAUGGACUGUGACAGGGUGCUGGUGAUGCAUGCUGGGAAGGUGAUGGAGUUCGACACGCCGGCUGCUCUCUGCCAAACUGACCACUCGAUCUUCCAGGGGUUGGUUGGUCAGAGAAGAGAAAGCAGAUGACUGCAAUGAUUCUGAAGAAAAAAAGAGACCUCAUUUAAUAAUUGACAUUUUGAUUUGAUAUUUUUAUGUUGGAGGGUUUGCAGAGAACCUGCUGCUUUUUAUGUACUUUCCUGCUGCAUUUUUACAGAAAAACUAAAAACGUAUUUAAAAAAACUGUCCUACUGUUGAAGUGUAGAGGCUGUGAAUGCUUUUCUCCGGGGUAUUUUCUUUAUAAGAAGAAGAUGCCUUCUGCCUUCCUGAUUGCAUUUUGGUUGUUUUUUAAAAGCCAUACAGUUGUGUUGCCUGUUGGUAAAAUGAUAUACUUACCCAGUCUUUUAUCAUGUGACCUAUUUAUUGUUUUUACUGAUUCACUUUUCUUGGAGGGGUACAUGUGCGUUUGUGCAUUUUGCAAAUAACUAAAAAUGUUAAAAUGAAGAAAUAUAAAAUUGCACUCUUUUGUUAGCUGCUACUAAACACGAAAUAUAUUUUCUCAGUCUUCUAAAAUUUUAACCCUAAUUCAUCCAGUUUACAAAUACAAAGGAAACCACAAAAUAAGGUCAACUAAAGAAGAACUAUAAUUGUACGCAGAGCAGCAAUAAGUUGUGUACAAGUAGCAACAGUAACUAACUAAUUUAAUUUUAAACCUGUUUUGAAAAUAUGGAAGUCCAUAUUUAUGUACAACAACUAUCAAGAAGUAGAAAAAAUAAAGUGCAUAUUGCUCUGUGUUAAAGUUCUACAAAGAUAUCAGCAAUAUUUACUAAUGAAGGUUGAACUGAUGUUACCUUUAACUAUCAAAGUUCAUCAGUUGAAUGGCUGAGGAUAUUAAGAAAUUUAUAUCUGUUAGUUUUUUCCAGGGCGGUAUUUUCAGUAAACAACCAAACACAAGGUCUAAAACUGUGAGUGCUGUCAGACGGGUCAAACAGACCUUGAUCACCUCUUUUUUACACUUGUCUGUUUAGAUCGAGAGAAGCAUUCCAAAAGGUAAAAAAAAAGGCAAAUUUAAACAUGAAAUAAUCUUUUUCUCCCUACCGAAGACAGUAAAAGAUAUAUUUUAUUGAAUAGGCAGUUAUCAAAGAUCAUCUUUGUAUUACUGCUUCAUUAUAAUGAAUGAGUCAAUACUUGUUAACAAAACAGUCUUGUGUGAAUGAUUCUCCUUUAUGUUAGCCAUUUUUAAAAUAAAACUUUUUUUUAAUAUUCUAAGAUUUUCUAUUUGAAAUAAGACUUAAUUGAAUGUCUGUCAUUGGUGAAGGUUUACAAUUUACACUAUUGAAGGUUAGAAGCUAAUAGCCUUUAAAAACUGACACGGAUCAUAUAGAAGCAAGUUUAAUCAGUAACAGCACAGAGAUUGCUACAGUAAACCACUACUGAUGAACCCUCACGCCAGCUUCGUGUUGAUCCAAGUACAAUUUCCUUCAACAUUUUCAUAAAUUAUCUAAUUAUUUCAAUUGGUUUAAUGUACAUCAUAUUAAUCACUACUUACUGAAUGAUUUGAUAUUCCUCAGGGAAGCGGUUUUGGUCCCCUGUUUUUUUUUGUUGUUGUUUUUUUGCUACAUGUGCAUUUCUUGGGUGGUAAUGUUGAUUAUUAUGGCUGUAUGCUGAUGAUGAACAAUUUUGUAUUUCUGUUGCUACAAACAAUGCAAAAACAUACCCUGUCUACUUUUCUGUUGAAGGUAAAACAUAAAUAAAUUAGUUAUAGUUCAAUAAUA